UGUGAUGAGGCAGCACAUCACCGCCUGCAGGGUCACCGCGCGCGGCAGGCGUGUCCGGUCACCCUAGAAGCCGAGACCCGAGAGAAAGCAAACUUCGGAAACUAGGCGAAAAUAAGAUUAGGGCUGCAACAGGGGAAAAUGAGUGUGAUGAAGACAAGGGUGUGCCACUGUCGCCAAGCGGGCUAUUAAAGACUGAGGGACCCUCGCCGUGUUGACAGAACGGUUCUGGUCCUCACGCCUCCGACACUUCGCACACCCGUUGGACCUCUGCUGCGCCGUGCACCCCAGCGUCGCGUAUCCCAACCAUGACGGUCAACGCGAGUUUCGUCUCGCCCACGGCCGACGCGAAGGUCGCGCAAAUGAUCACCCAGUUCGACACGACCGGCCUGAUCUCGUCGGUCCUCAAUGGCUUCACCAUCUGGAAGGCGCUGCUUGCGCUGCUGGUGGGCGCCGUGCUCUACGACCAGUUCAUGUACAUCUGGCAGAAGGGCUCGAUUGUCGGACCCGCCUUCAAGACACCGUUCAUGGGACCUUUCCUCGAGUCGGUCAACCCCAGCUUCACAAAGUACCACGAGAAAUGGACGUCUGGCUCGCUGAGCUGCGUCUCCGUCUUCCACAAGUUCGUCGUCAUCGCAUCGACCCGCGACAUGGCCCGCAAGAUCUUCAACUCGCCCGGCUUCGUCAAGCCCUGCGUCGUCGACGCCGCCUACAAGCUCCUCCGCCCCGAAAACUGGGUCUUCCUCGACGGCAAGGCCCACGUCGACUACCGCAAGGGCCUGAACGGCCUGUUCACGCGCCAGGCGCUCGAGCAGUACCUUCCCGGCCAGGAGGAGAUCUACAACGAGUACUACAAGCGCUUUGUCGAGCUCUCCCAGGUCGAGAACAAGGGCGAGCACGUGCCCUUCAUGCAGCAGUUCCGUCUGUUGAUUACCGCCAUCAGCUGCAGGACCUUCGUUGGCCACUACUGCUCCGAGGAGGCUGUCAGGAAGAUCGCCGACGACUACUACCUCAUCACUGCCGCGCUCGAGCUCGUCAACUUUCCCAUCAUCCUGCCCUUCACCAAGAGCUGGUACGGCAAGAAGUGCGCCGACAUGGUUCUGGACGAAUUCUCUAAGUGCGCGGCCAAGGCCAAGGUCCGCAUGGCGGCGGGCGGCAAGAAGGAGUGCAUUCUCGACUUCUGGGUUGCCCACAUGAUCGAGUCGGAGAACUACCGCAAGGCCGUCGAGAAGGGCGAGAACCCUGAGAAGCCCGCCAUGGUCAUUCGCUGGUUCAGCGACCUUGAGAUUUCCAUGACGCUCUUCACCUUCCUCUUCGCCUCGCAGGACGCCACCUCGUCCGCGGCAACCUGGCUCUUCCAGAUCAUGGCUGACCGCCCCGAGUACCUCGACAAGGUUCGCCAGGAGAACAUCGACGCCCGCAACGGUGACAUCCACGCUGAGAUCUCGCUCGACGCUCUGGAGAAGCUUCCCUGGACCCGUGCGGUUGUUAAGGAGGUUCUGCGCUACCGUCCUCCCGUAAUCAUGGUCCCUUACCUCGCAAAGAAGGACUUCCCCGUUACUCCCGAAUACACUGUUCCCAAGGGCUCCAUGGUCAUCCCCACUACCUACUUGGCCCUGCACGACGCUGAGGCCUACCCCAACCCUGACUCGUAUGAACCCGAGCGAUGGAUCACCGGUGACGCAGACCAGCAGACCAAGAACUGGCUUGUGUUCGGUACCGGGCCGCACUACUGCCUGGGCCAGACUUACGCGCAGGCCAACCUGAUGCUCAUGAUCGGCAAGGCCAGUAUGAUGCUCGACUGGCACCACAAGGUUACCGAUCUGAGUGAGGAGAUCAAGGUGUUCGCCACCAUCUUCCCUAUGGACGACUGCCUUCUCACAUUCAAGAAGCGAACAGCAGCAUAGACGCAUAUGUCUGUUCGCAUGCGCAACUUUAGCGAUUACCUGCAUUUGCAUUCGGCGCAGCUUCUUCUUGAUUCCUUCUGGCAGGGCGAAAGUCUCUUCGCUCUAGCCCAUUUUAGAUGUAAUGAUUGUACACCCUGCCACCUCUCGAUGGGGCAGAAGGGUUUUGGGAUAGGGUUUAUGGCACAAAGCUACGAUCACGCGUAUUGCGCGCCGGGCGGAAGAGGACAGGGGGUGAGGAGAUAAUGGCAGUGGUAGUGGUAAUCGAUGAUAUCAAGCAAAAGUCUCACGUUCAAAUAA